AUGCGGAUCUUCAGCAAAAACCUUCGCCUUCAGGACAUAACCAUCAUGUAUUUUACUGCCCUGGCUGCUCUAAUGGUCAUCUUGGUGGCUUCUUACCAGGCGCCCAACAAUGCUGUUGAAGUGUCCAGCCUUAAACCAAACCUCUCUCGCCCUCUCCCACCUCUCCCCAUGCCUUUCCGUGUGCCCCUUGAUCCACGUGGGGAGCUCCAGCUGGCUUGGAAUGUCAGCUACACCAACCAGGAGAUUUAUAUGGAGCUGAGGGUUGCAGAGCUCAGACACGGGGUGGUCCUGGGGAUGUCCGAUCGGGGAGAGCUGACCAAUGCUGACCUGUUGGUGCUGUGGGACUCUGGAACCCAGAGCUACUUUGGAGAUGCUUGGAGUGACAGCAAGGGUCAUGUAUCACUAGACAGCCAACAAGACUACGACCUGAUUGAAGCCAAACAGAAAGCUGAAGGAUAUUACCUGCUCUUCAAAAGACCAUUCAGUACCUGCGAUCCCAGAGACUACGUCAUAGAGGAGGGGACUGUGCACAUCAUCUACGGCUUCUUGGAUAAACCACUUCCCUCACUGGAGAAGCUGAACCUGUCCGAGAUCCGCACAGGCGUACAGAGAGUCCUGAUGUUGCGUCCCGACACGCCGCCACCUACCCUGCCUCCAGACGUACAAAUGUUAGAUGUAGUGGCACCAAAUGUCAUCAUACCAAAUCAAGAGACCACCUACUGGUGCUACAUCCACAACCUGCCGGAAAAUUUGGCCAAGAACCACAUUGUUAUGUACGAGUCGGUGAUAACUCCAGGGAACGAGGCCAUCGUGCAUCACAUAGAAGUGUUUGAGUGUUCUCCGGAUAUCCCUGCAGUUCCAGGGUACAGCGGCUCCUGUGAUGAGAAAAUGAAGCCGAAAAAGCUCAACUUUUGCCGACACGUGCUAGCUGCAUGGGCUAUGGGGGCUGAGGCUUUCUACUAUCCCCCUGAUGCAGGCUUGGCUAUGGGUGGACCAGGUUCCUCAAGAUUCCUCCGUCUGGAGGUCCAUUACCACAACCCUCUCCUUAUAUCCGGCCGGCGUGACUCAUCAGGGAUACGACUGUAUUACACCCCGAGCUUGAGGCGCUACGAUGCAGGGAUCAUGGAGCUGGGCCUCGUUUACACUCCUGUAAUGGCUAUCCCACCUAAACAACACACCUUUUACCUCAGUGGAUACUGCACGUCCAAGUGUACCCAAACAGCUUUGCCUUCAGGUGGAAUCUAUGUAUUUGCUUCCCAGCUGCACACCCACUUGGCGGGGCGUGGGGUGAGGACAAUUUUGGUGAGGGGAGGCAAAGAGCUGGAGGUGGUACAGGAAGACCAGCAUUUCAGUACGCACUACCAGACAAUCCGAGUUCUUAGGAAAAUGGUGAACAUUUUGCCUGGUGACGUACUUAUAACAAAGUGUACUUAUAACACAGAAGAUAGGAGCAAGCCUACAGUGGGUGGUUUUGGCAUCAUGGAGGAAAUGUGUGUCAACUACAUUCACUACUACCCCCGUACCCAGCUGGAGCUCUGCAAGAGCCACAUUGACCAAGGAUACCUGCAGAAAUAUUUUAACUUCAUUAACAGGUUCCACGGAAAUGACCAGUGUGUGUGUGGUGAGGUUAGUGUGACGGAGCAGUUUUCUCAACUAGAGUGGGAUGAAUUCACCGGAGAAGUGCUGGACUCGCUUUAUAACACAGCCCCCAUCUCGAUGCACUGCAAUCAGUCGACUGCACGCCUCUUUCCUGGUGACUGGGACAAACAGCCCAUACCAGCGGUGACCUCUGUCCUUGAAAAACCUCAGUACACCUGUAAGCGAGGCAAGCUUCGCACCAACUGAUGCCUUACACCUUCAA